UUAAAAUAAAAGGAUCUGACCAUCAAACGCAGAACUGAUUCUGAGUGUGAGACCUCUCAAAUAUAGGCAACUUAAUGGCAACUCGCAGAAUCCUUGUGCAGUGACUAUUACUGGCUGUGAGCAAUGGAGUGUAUGCAGGAACUACAACAUCCAUUGCUUGAAAGAUCUCUGGGAGGGGGGAUACUGACACCUCUGCUCUCCAGAGAUAGUGGUGGGGGGCUUGUUUGGAAAUGUCUCCCCCACAGAGCACAGUCUGGAAAAGAACUCACUCAGCAGUUUCUGGAUCCUGGAAGUUUGCGGAGAACUGUAGAGCCAACGUGUGGAAAGGUGGCAGAUGUGCCUUUUUGGAGGUCAGCAGAGCCACAGAUUUGGAAAGGAACAGACUAUAUAGAAACAACUUUUGUGGACAAGAAUGGAAGUCCUGACAGCUGUAAGAAGUUGUUGUACUCACCAGAGAAGGACAUCCACACUGUUUCCUGUGAGGUGGGAGAAGAUGACAUUAUGGAUAUAGAGAACGCAUCUAGUGACAGUGACACAGACAGCGAGAGCCACUUCUCCUUGCUUCUCCCUCAGGACUAUCUGGGACUGGCAGUGUUCUCCAUGCUAUGCUGUUUCUGGCCCCUUGGCAUUGCAGCUUUCUUCCUAUCACAAAAGACCAACAAAGCCUCAGCUCAGGGUGACUACCAUGGAGCAAGUGUAGCUUCCAGACAAACCUUUCUGCUGGCUGUGUUGUCCAUCUUCUUCGGCAUCUGCACAUACGUCGGUGCUGUUAUAGCUCUCAUCGCAUACCUGUCCAACAGAGCACCUACCUAACAUGCCAGGCAUCCUUUUGAUGAACUGACAGGCCACCACUCAAAGCAAACCGGAUACUGCUAAUUUAAAAUCAACAAGAAGAAAGUGUGCAAGAUCGAGACUUGUAUCCCUCCUGGAGGGCACCGUUUAUAACACAGAAAACCAUAUCCUUUAACAAAAACAAACUCCGUCUUU